CAAAAUAAUAAGUAAACAUAAUAAAUAUCAUAUUUAGACAUGGAGAUAAGCGAUGUGGAUAUAUUUCGAUAUGUUUUGGUAUUUCUCUGGGUGGUAUAUCUCUGGGAAACGUAUUUAUCAUAUAGACAGAGAACAAUCUACAGAAAUGCGACAAAAGUUCCCAAAGAAUUAGAAAAUGUGUUAGAUCAAGAGACAUUCGAGAAAGCUAGACUUUAUCAGUUGGAUAAAAGUAAUUUUGGUUUUUGGUCCAAUAUUUAUUCUCAGAUAGAAUCCACGGUGAUCCUGUUAAUUGGAGGGUUACCAUGGUUGUGGUCUGUUGCUGGGAGAUUGAUGGACAGGUAUAAUUAUGGAUCAGAAUAUGAGAUCACUCAGUCUAUAGUAUUUACUCUAUUAGCUACAAUAUUCUCAACUAUUACAUCAUUACCAUGGUCUAUUUAUAGUACAUUUGUUAUAGAAGAAAAACAUGGCUUUAAUAAACAGACAUUAGGAUUUUUUCUGAAAGAUCAAGUAAAGAAAUUGGUAGUAAUGCAAUGUAUAGCUUUACCUAUUACAGCUUCAUUGAUUUAUAUUAUUAAAGUUGGUGGAGAUUAUUUCUUUAUAUAUGUUUGGUUAUUUACACUGGUUGUAUCAUUGUUAUUAAUAACAAUAUAUGCUGAUUAUAUAGCACCAUUAUUUGAUAAAUUUACACCACUACCUGAAGGAGAUCUAAGAUCUAAGAUUGAAGAGUUAGCAGCCAGUAUUAACUUUCCUUUAAAGAAACUAUAUGUUGUGGAUGGUUCCAAGAGAUCAUCACAUAGUAAUGCCUAUUUUUAUGGUUUUUAUAAGAAUAAAAGAAUAGUACUGUUUGAUACAUUGUUACAAGACUAUGUUGCACCUAAAGAUGACAAAAAAGAUGACAAGACAGAUAAUGAUGAAGAACAGAAGAAGAAUGAAGAAGAAGAAGGGAAAGAAGAAGAAAGUAAUGAAGAGAAGAAGAAGAAGAAACAAGGAUGUAAUAAUGAAGAAGUAUUAGCUGUAUUAUCCCAUGAAUUAGGUCACUGGAAGUUAAAUCAUAACUUAAAGAAUCUAGUCAUAGGACAGAUUAAUACAUUUCUGUGUUUUAUGAUGUUUGCCUUGUUGAUGAAUCGUAAAGAAUUAUUUACUGCUUUUGGUUUUACUACACAACCAACUUUAAUAGGCCUUCUCAUCAUAUUCCAGUUUAUAUUCUCACCCUAUAAUGAGGUGCUUUCAUUCUGUAUGACAGCCUUAAGUCGGAAGUUUGAAUUCCAAGCAGAUGAUUUUGCCAAGACAUUACACAGAGCUAAUAAAUUAAAAUCUGCUUUAAUCAAAUUAAAUAAAGAUAAUCUAGGUUUUCCUAUCUCAGAUUGGUUAUAUUCAACAUGGCAUUUUUCACAUCCACCUCUUAUAGAAAGAUUAAAUGCUUUAGAAAAUAAAUCAGAUUAGAAUGGUGUCUUUAAAAAUGGUGUCAGGAAAGAUAAUAUUCUCCAUGGAUUUUAAAUUUUCACAAUCAGCCAUUUUGAUGCAUUAAUUCAAGUUAAUUUAUGUAAAUGUGAAUUGAGAAUGUCUAAAACUAAAAUCAGUAGUGAAUUUUUAAGCUCCAGUUAGACAUGACAGGCAAAUUCAGCCAAAUCAGCAGGUCUUCUUUUUGUUUGUUGUAUAUUUCAAUAUCAGUCGGUCAUUACGCAAAAAUUUGUUUGUGAUGUAAAAUAAAUACAGGAUUAAAAUUUAUGAUUCUUUUGGAGUUGGGUAUUUAUUAAUGAAUGAUAAUAUUGAUGAUUUUGAUAAAAAUAUGAAUGCGAAAAUGAUACUUAUUUGUGGUUGAAGGGAAAAAACUUUGAAAUAUUACUGAUAUUUUUUUUUUAUCAUGAUGUUACAAUCAUCUCAUUAAAGCAUCAACUCAUAAGGUGUACCAAUAUGAAAGUGGACCAGAGAGACACUAUGUUAUUAAAGAGUUAAUUGAAAAAGAUAAUGUUAUUUGCCCAUCAUGCAUAGACCCAAAUAAGGAAAGUAACAUUAUGUUUUGUUAAGUGUAGGGUUAACCUUUAUAAAGCGGUCUUAAUUAAAGUUUAAAGUUACACUUAUUGUUUAUUCUACAACUAAAACAGGAAAAAUUGACUUGCUCUAAGAUUAAAAGACCAGACUUGGUCAUCCAGUUGUUUCAUUAUUUUAUUACAAUCCUUUGAAUAUGUCACUUUUGUAUGUUUAUAAAUUAACAUCUGUAAUUGUUUUACAGGUAAUAAUUUUUUCACUUAAGAGCCUUUUUCUUUGGAUACUUUUUCUAUAUACCUUUUGUAUAUUGUGUACAAUAUUAUCAAUCAUAAGUUAUAUUUGUUUCCAAUGAAAGAAAACUGUGACAGUAUGCAUCAUUGUCUCUGUUUUAAAGUUGUGGUCUACAAUAUUUUUGUUUUUUUGUAAAUUUUUUGGAUUUGUAAAAGUUUUAUUUCAUUUCAUUUGUUUUGUGUUGUAAAUAAAUUCCAUAAACUAAUGGAAGUUGAUUGUAUUAAAGAUCCAUUCUUUAUCAAAUUUACUUUCAAAUCUCCUUGAGAUGUGAUGAAUGGGAAAAUC